AUGUCAAAAAGUGGAAAAGAAGUAUUUCUUAUAUCCGAUAUUCUACAGAUAAUCUUUACGAGGCUAAAAAACCGAGAUUUAUUUUCUGUAAUUCUCGUGAACCGUACUUGGUGUCGUAUCGGAAUUCCAAUACUUUGGAAGGCGCCGUUUGGUUAUCGGCCCACCGGAUAUUUCAAUAAGAGAUCAUAUUCCAAUAAGAGAUAUGCAAUCCGUACAUACUUAUUGCUUAUUACUGAACCGUCACUUAACUAUUUAAAGAUGAUUCCGUAUUUGCCAAAAAACACCUUCUUGCCAAAGGAUGCAGAAGAAACAUAUGCUAAUUUGGGGAUUAUAGAGAAACCUUUGUUCGAUUACAUUUUAUAUUGUUCGACGUUUGACUAUGGUGGAAUGCUUCAUGCAAUUUUGGAUUAUUGCGAAACACUGAAUUCUCUUUCUAAAAGAAAAACUGCCAAAAUUAUAAUGAAAAUUUUGCUGGAAAUGUUCAAAUCUCGCGGUCUUCAGUUCAAAAAAAUGAGAGUGAAAUAUCAGCAUCAUGAGAACGAUAUUUCUUUAUGGGCAUCUCUUGAAUAUGCAUCCUUAUAUUCAGAGAUUGACACACUUGAAUUGAUUAGAAGAGAUAUUGAUAAAAGAGACGUUUUGGCUGCAUUGAUUCCAUUAUGCCGAAAAAUAAAACAUUUGAAGAUCACUAUAAACUUUAGUCCUAAUACACUAAAGGAACUUAUUACACUCAUCCGCAGUCAAACUAAUCUUACCACAAUCAAGAUUUUUGGUUUUACAGAUUGGUCCAUCUUUCAAAAAUUCACUCGAUUGAAACUUUUGAAAAUAGCAAAUUUCUCAAGAACUCCUGAUAUAGGCACAAUUAAUAAUCUAAUGGGCGCUAAAUGCGAGCGUAGAGAACAAAGUGAUACUUUCAUAAACGGAGUUUUAGAUAAUUUUGCUAAUAAAUAG